CAUUUAUAUAUAUGGUUGCCAUUAUAUUUGCUGCAACCGCUCUCGUGCCACGCAUCUUGGAUGUAGUGUUUCCAUUGAAUACUUCCCGUCCAGUAAUGUUCGCAUAUCCGGCAUACUAUUUCGUUGACGAAAAUGAAUAUUUCUAUUAUAUUUUUUGCUAUACGUUAUUUACUGGCGUUACAAAUAUGACUGGAUUAAUUGCGCACGACAUCACGUUUUUCGUUUACACCGAACACGUCUGCGGUCUUUUCGCCAUCGUUGGAUUUAGACUUGAGCAUUUGUUACAUAAACGUUGUGCUAUAGAAAAAAAUAUGAUCGAUUAUCCGGAUGCCGUGUAUCACAAGAAUAUUGUGAUUUCGAUUUACAUUCAUCAUAAGGCUCUACAAUUUGCUGAAUUUCUUGAGAGUACUUUUACGAUAUCGUUCGCCGUGCAACUUCUGACCAUUACAAUUGCCUUGAGUAUUUCUUUACUACGAGUGAGUUACUUACGAAUAAGCAAAUACUAG